GAAAUAUGAAAUAUCUAAAGUACAACAUAAUCUUGACAACUGUCAUCGAUUCUAAAACAUGUAUGUUUCUGUAAAAUUACAACUUAUGGAGCAGGUGACAUCCAGCGCUACAAAAAAAUAAAAAAAAAACCACUCAAAACACCAAAAAUAUUUAAUACUAGCCUAAAUUUAACCUUUCCUUUUAAUUCUCUGUGUAUUAAUUUUUUCCGCUUAUGCCUAUCCAUAAAUAGCCUAAAUAAAUAAAUCCCUCUGAAAAUAUGAUAGGAUUUUAGUUCGAAGGAAUUUUUCAUAAAAAAAUAUAUUCUAUUUAAAGACGAAGUUUUGAAGGUCUGCCACAGAACUUUCUUUUCUUUUCUUUUCUUUCGGACAUUGAGCGCUUGGACACGGCUGUCACUUAACAUUAGCAAUUAGUCUCUAAAGCAGAAUAGCCUAUUGUUAAAAAGAGAGUAAAUAUUGCAUUUACCUUUUCUGUCCGCUGAUCUAAGAAUAAGAUCGGUAAAGGUCAAUAUUACCAUGAUGUAAUGUUUCCAAAUGCCUGUGAAAAGCAGCGCGCUUCUGGGUUCCAGCGUCGCUGAGACUGAAGAGCAGCACAUGCACACGCGCUUUCGGUCUCUUCUACCUCCGUGUGUGUCACCCACCCUCACGAGCCUCUCUCCCCCUCCUCCCUGAGCAUGUGGGUACGGAUGGAUGGCGCACAGGCCCGUCUGAAAGGACAAUAAAGCGCAAAGACGCUGAUCUUGCUGAAGAGCAUGUGUCCAAAUGUCUAGUUUCCUCACUGCCAGUCCCUAAAAUCCAGUCAAUGAAGUCCACAGAAACUCUCUCUCCCUGCUCUGAAUGGAGCCACCCUAAUAAAAGUUGAAAUGGAGGAUGAAGAUGGUACUUGUUUAUUUGAUGUUUUGUGUGACCCUCAAGCUCUGAAUGAUUUUCUUCAUGGGACAAAUGAGCUGCCAAGUGGAGACUUACUCAUUAAUUCAUCCUCCGGAGAGCCGUCACUCUUCACAGACACUCCAAGCCCUGCGUCUCUGUUAGCAGAUGAUACUAGUUCUCAGGACACUACUGUCUCUGGCUGUGUGGAUCUCUCCUUUCUGGAGGAGGCACUGCUGGCAUCACCAGGAUCCUCACUUGGAAGUGGAGGUCCAGAGGUGCAAGAAGAUCCCAAUAUCCAACUUGUGGAACAGCAGAAAGAGUCAGACGAGAUCUGCGACAUUCUCCAGCAGAGUCUCCAGGAGGCUGACAUCACUGAGGACACUCUCGCAUUAGAGGCAGGACUUGCCCAGACAGUAGAAACUCUCCAGUUUGGUUUGUCUGGCACAUCCCUUCCUUUGCCUUCAUCACCAUAUUUCUCCAAACCUUUGACCCUUCCUGGCUUGAGCUCUUUACCAAAGGACACCCAAACAGCAGUGGAGCCUCCUCAGCCAUCUUUAUUAGCUGUUGGCCCAGGCUGCCCCUCACUCAAACCUCCAGGAACGCAGUUAAUGAGUCUACUUCCUGGGAAUGUCUUCCCCGUACCUCCACUCGAGGCAUCCUUUUCAAUUAAUUCAGCACAAAGCACCAGCAUGAUUAUCCAAAAGACCCUACCAACCCGCCAGAUGUUGGCCUCCACCGUUACCCCAUCAGGGGUCACGUUACAAAAAACCCCUCUACCCAUUCAGCCUAAGUUACCAGUCAGCAUCCAGCCCAGGCUUGUGCAGAUCAGUCCCAGGCCAUCAGGACAGAAACCAUUGCCAGGAUUUGCCUUCAUCUCAACAAAUGUGUCACAGAGUGUCUUGUUACCCCCUUCUGUUGUCUCAAAGCAGUCCUUACAAGCACAGUCCGCACCAGGUGUCAGCAAACCUGUUAGCUUGAAUCUGGUUGGUCAAGGAGGCCCCAUUGUCAUUCAACCCCAGGAUCCUUUUCAGGGCCAGAGACAGUUCUUCCUGCCGAGCCAAACACCUGCAUCUUUGUCCCAGUCUACCAGCAUCCCAAGGUGCAUUCUUGGUACACCAAGCAAUCAGGUGUCUAACAAACCCAAUGUUGACGGUUCUCAUAUUGUGACUGUUCGGCCAAGGCAAAUCAACUUCAGCCCUAUUUUCACCUCCCCAACUGGACAGCUCACCCUAAAACAAGGGGCUCUUCUGUCAGGGUCCUUACCAAUUCGGUCAACACCUCCUACAGUCCUCCAGAUGCCAACACAGCUAGCAGGGACCUAUGCACCUCAAGUGCAGGGGCAGCAUGCGGUAGUUCAAAACACUGUUGGAAACCAGAUCACAUUGAUUAAUAAUGCCAAUAUGAUUAUUCCUGAUAUGACCACCAUACCAAUAGAAAAUGGUCAGUCUAUGAUACAAAGUCUGCCUUUGGUGUCUCAAGCCCAAAGUGCUCCAAUAUGUGGACCUGAGGGAAAGGCGUGUCUUACCCAGAAUUCAGUGCUUCUCUUGCCUGAGAGAACAACUGAAGAUCAACAGGAGAAAGUCAACAAACCGUUUCAAGAGAGCGGAUUGCUUCCUCCAGCUUCAGUGGAAGCACCUGUUGCAGAGAUUCAGCCUCUGCCCUCUCCAGUAUCAACUCUACUACAGUCAUCACCAGAUAUUAGUUGUACCCAUGAGACAGUGUUGUCAUUAUCCCCCCAGCUGAUUACCCAGACAGGAGAGCAACAUUUUACUGAAGGAGAGCAUAACCCAUUGAAUCACAAUCAGGCUUUAGUGCAUCCUCCCCAACAGUAUCCACAACAACCAUCAGCCAGCCAAGAUUUCUUAGCUGCAACUCUGCUUGUGCAAAUGGACAACCAUAUCUCUGCUGCUGUAGGUGAAGCUGAGGACUCGCUCACAUCCUUGACUGCAUCUGAGACUUUCUCUUCAUUGUGUGAGAGUGAAGAGAUUCUUAUGGCAGCAUACCAUGGUUCAGAGCACACAGAUAUUCUGUUGCAGUCUCCUAUUGGCCAGUGCUCUGUAAAGACCACAGACAUGGACUCCAUGAACGGCUCAACAACUCCAGUCUCAGAUGGGCAGGAUUCCUCUGUGUUGAUUGCUCUUGGCGCUGACCCCAAGUGUCAGGAGGGGCCAGUAAUGAGUAAGAGCCUUUCCUCUUCCUCAGAGAAGUUGUUUAUGUAUCUGGAGCAAUUGGGCCAAAGUCAUGUGUUAAGUGAGUUUAGCAGAACCUCAGAGUCAACCGACCAUGAGUACAAGCAGCAAUACGGUGAACAUGACACAGAGCUCACAGUCCCUAGGAACAAUGGGAUAAUCUCUUUGAAUCAGCGUGAGUUACAGGACAAGGUACAUCUCGGGCCCAGGCUGUUUGCCCAGGACAAGGAGACCUACUCAACACUUCAAAAGAACCAGACUCCAACUGCAAGCGUGGAUCCAAAAGAGGAGAAGCUGAGACUAACAAAGAGGCAACACAGGUUCAAACAGCAGCUGUUUUUAGACCACAGUGCUGUUCUCAACCCAAACACUUCGGCUCCAUUUGUUUCGGUGGAGGAUGCUUUGAGACAUUUGUUGCCGUACCAUACUUGUGCUAGAGCUCUACCCAACCAGGCUGACUUUAUUUCAGUGGACAAGCAGUUUGAAUGCGUUUCAGUCGUUCUGCUGAAACGAAUCAAAGACAUGCUGAACAAGUACAGGAAACUACUUCUGACUGAAUCCCAGCAGGAGAGCCCAUCAGCAGAGAUGGUGAUGCUGGAGCGUUUGUUUCUACAGUCAGAGAGAGUCUCACUGGCGGAGGACAGACGCAAAACCAGGAGAGAUCCAGCAGAGUCCUUCCUCAUGUCCCGAGCCAAGAACUCAUCUCAGCACAGCCAACUGUCGUCAGUCCAGACUGGCCUUGCCAGUUGUCCUCCAUCUCCACCAUCAUGGACCUUGCAAUCUGACAGACCUCCUGGCCUCAAGACAUAUCGCUCCAGCAGCAAAGGAGCAAUACGCCUCACUAUCAAACAAGAGUCAGGAUCCCGCAAGGUUAUCCACAACUCAUGUGAUGCCUCACAUGUGAUCUCUGGGUUUAAACGAAACUACAGCGGGCAGUUAACUAAGGGAGGAGCCAUGCAGGGGAGAGAUGAAUCUCUCAAGCCUCCUUUGUCAAAUGUUGCAGAGGACAAAAAUGAUCCGAGGCCAGAUCAGCUAAACAAGAUGAAAUUGCACCUUGACAUGGAGACAAUUAGGACAGGUAGCGAGUCGCAGAACCCCUCUGAUUCUGUGGCCACUCAAGACUAUGUAGCCCCAAGGGUGCAAGGUUUACUUCCAGAGCAGUGCACUCCAAUGCUUAAAAGGAACAAGCUGGCUGCUUCGGCAGCAGAGUCUCCCAGUUUGCCUGCAUUAGUGGAAGAAGGGGAACUGAGUGAACACCUGCAAAGUGCUUUAGACAGCAUCCUGGAGCUGCAAAGGUUGCAGGGAUCUGUAGCAGGGGUUAAACCCAAGAUCCAACAGCCUCGUGCACUGGAUCAGGCCGUCAGCAGCAUGCUAGAAGGACAACUAUAAGACGGAAGAACUAAAUGAAAAGAAAAGCCUGAAGAUUGAGGAUAUUUGGCUUUCACAUCCUGCGAUCCACAUCCAGCAGAUUUUUAUUCAUUCAUUUUCCUGAGGAAGAAAGUCUUAUUUAUUGUGUAAAUAGAGUCAAUAGAAUCUGGAAAGUUUCUUGAAUCUUUGAAACCUUUUUGUGGAGAUACAUUAUACUAAUUUAUAGUCUUCUAUCAGUUUAAAACAACUUUAAAAACACAAGUGCAGUUUGUCUAUAUGUAUAUGACAUUUUGAUGUGAAUGUGUCUAUAACAAGGUUAUUUCUCUUUUGAUGGGGACUUCGGUUUGCUUGACGCUGUUUGGUUGUUUUUAAAGGUGGGGUAAGUGAUUUCUGGUAGCCAAUGUUGAGAUUUCAAAUCACCAAAACAAACACGCCCCUAGCCCAAAAGGGUCUCACCCCUAUUUUGAUAGCUCCACCCCACACAUACGUACGCAACCCAGGCAACGAUUACUUCUGUGAAACAAAGCAAAACCAAUGUUACUCACCUAUCGAGAAGAAACGAAGCAACCUCGGCGUCCGAUCGCAGGCCUUCCGAAAAUACAUACCCCACCUUUAAUAGCUCUUUACCAAACUCCCCGGAAGCAGCAAACCAGAGUACAUUUGAAAACGGCAGCUUGGGGUACAGUUCAUGUGGAUGUAAACUGGCCUAACAGCCUUAACCUGUGAAAACUGCCUUAUACAUCAAUUGAGAGAAUGUACCAAGGCAAACUGCUUGGUCAUAACUCCAGUUUAAAAAACACCAGCCAAAUGAACCAAACUGACGUCAAGCAGACUUGGGUCUGCAGUAUAAACUCUAGUGUAAAAGCAGCCCACGUGUUGUAAGCACAGACAGUUCAGAGAAUGAUGUCAGUUCCCGCUUGUUUACCCCCAAAGAAAAUAUACCCCAUUUCAUCCUAAAGUCACCAGCAAAACCACCAGUGAGAUUUCAUAAAUGUGUUAUCCUGACACAGACUGAAUAUGUAAACGCAACAGAAUCUCCAUUGAUUAUCUGGCAGAUGUAAAGUAUGCCUUAUUCUGUAAUGAACUGUACUGUUCCAGUUGUGGUUUAAGACAAGAUGCAUAAAUGCAAAAGCAAUAAGUAACAGAUGGUUGGUAAAAUAUGGUUGUGCCUCAAUCAAAAUACAACAUUCUUUUGCAUUUCCAUUGCUAUAGAUCAUGCAGCUGUUUGAAAAGUAUUUGAGUCACUCCUAAUGUUCAACACACACUUAAUAUUGUUAGAAUACAGAUCUUGUAUAAAAAUUCCAGUAUCUGUUCACCAAAACCUAAAACAGUAACUAGAAACAUCCAGUCUAGAGUUAGCUAUAGGAUUAUAGGCUCUAGAAUUAUUUAUGUUAAUGUUUUUUCUUGACAAUCUACUACAAUGUCAUGCUCAUGUUAUGCCAGCGAUGAUUACUUCUUUAUUAUAUAAUGGAGUAGUAUGGCGAGGCAUUUUAUAAGCGUUUCUUUGUCCGGUUAGUUUCGUCACUCGAUAUACAUUACAAAUAUUGUGCUCAAGUUAUACGUUUGUUAACUUUUUAUGUAUUGCUUCCCUGACAAAUGCUAUGCACUACUCUUACAGAACACUUAGCCGCCAAACUAAAUACUGUGACCGGCCCUAAAUGUGACAAGAUGUAUGUAACAAAUUAUUUUGCUUGAUUUAAACUUAUGUACUAUACUGUGAAAUGUAGCAUAUUUGGCAAUGAUCCAAAAUGGACAUUUGAUAAACAGAUUGUUCCGAC